GACAGGUUGAGGGGUGGUCUCCUAGGAGGAGCCAGUCUGCACUUUAUUGUUCUAAGUCAUCCACUAAGAGGGACUGAGUUGAGCGUGGAGUAGGGGUUUAGGGGCGUGUAAGAGAAAAGCCCCCCAUCCGUCGUGGGCUCUAGGCAGGUCUGUGAGUUGCUGCACCUUGGGAUGUGGCUGGAGGCUUUCUCUUUGGUUUUGGUUGCUUUAUACUGGGAGUGUAAUUCCAAGGUGAUGUCCGAAGGCAGUUGCUGGAGGAACCUGCUUUCCUUUGGCUGGGGAGCCCCUCCUUAGAGGGAGUUCCCUCGUGGGACUCCUUCCUUAGUGUGGCAGAAUGGGGGGCAAUGGCUCGGCCCUGAGGGUCUGCACAGAUCACAGAGGAGGUAUCAACUGGCUCAGUCUGAGCCCCGACGGCCGGCGGCUGCUGACAGGCAGCGAGGAUGGUACUGCUCGCCUGUGGAGCACCGAUGACAGCCAGUGUCAUGGACACUUACAAGGCCAUGAAAGCUAUAUCACUUUCUGCCAGUUGGAAAAUGAAGCCGCCUUCACCUGUAGUGCGGAUCACACCAUCAGAAAGUGGGAUGUGGUCACUGGGCAAUGUUUGGCUGUUUACCGAGGACAUACAUCAAUUGUAAACAGGAUCCUAGUUGCCAAAGACUACCUCUUCAGUGGCUCCUAUGACCGAACAGCCCGCUGUUGGAGUGUGGACAAGGAACGGCAAAUCCAGGAGUUUCGGGGUCACCGGAAUUGUGUCCUGACCUUAGCUCACUACUCGUCCAAGGACAUCCCAGAUGCAUCCUCAGAGCAGGGGGAGAAGGCCAGUGGAGACUUCCUGGUGACGGGCAGUACAGAUGGCACAGCCAAAGUUUGGUGGGUGUCCAGUGGGUGUUGCUACCAGACCUUGAGGGGCCACACAGGGGCUGUCUUGUGCCUUGCUCUGGAUGAACUCAACCAGGAGCUGUUCACAGGCAGCACCGACUCCACCAUCCGCACUUGGAACCUUGUGACUGGAGAGCCACUGAAAGUGUUUAAAGAGCAUCAGGGAUCAGUGAUCUGCCUGGAGUUGGUGAAUCGUCACUUGUACUCAGGAAGUGCAGACAGGACCGUGAAGUGCUGGCUGGCAGACACAGGGGAGAGUGUGCGCACGUUCAGGGCUCACAAGCACAGCGUGAGUGCCCUCAAGUACCACGCUGGCACCCUGUUUACAGGCAGUGGAGAUGCCUGUGCCCGAGCCUUUAAUACUGAGUCUGGUGUGCUACAAAGAGUAUUCCGGGGCCACACCUUCAUCAUCAACUGCAUCCAGGUUCACAACGAGCUGCUCUACACGGCCUCCCACGACGGCACCCUGAGGAUCUGGGACAUUCACGGAGUCUGCAAGCAGAAUCUGCGCAGCCGCCCCAAGAGGGAGGUGCUGGCCCAGAGCCGCAGCACCCCCAAGAGGAGCCUCUCCCAGCUCUUCAACAACAAGGUCGGCUGCACAGCGAGCCCCCCUCAGGGUGGGGAGUGUGAGACCAUCGAGCUGCUCUGACCGUGAGGCACAGAAGGGACCUCGGUUACCACCGGCUGCCAAAAGCAAGCUGUCCUCAGGUACUCGGCAGAAGGGAAGACGACGGGGUCCCGGGCUUUUCAGUGGCUGAGCGGAGGUUUGAAAAUCCACGUCCUGGGUGGGCGCAGAAACUGGAGGCCUGAUGGCACAAAAGCCCCCUCCGCUUCCGGGACUUCCGGCCGGGCCUGGCGGAGGAGCUGAAGGACUAGAUGAGCUCCCUGUGUGCCGAUGAUCUUAUAGCUGUCAUUGUAAACUAUUUUUAAAAAUUCCUCUCUGCAACCAGCGGCUGCCCGGCCCCGUUCUCAAGGAAACGAGAAAUGAAAAGAUUCUGCUUUCAUUUCAUUACUUGGCAAGGGAUGAACGGACCCCAGUUACCCUUUUACUUAGCGAUUUUCUGGCUCCCUUUUUCUCUUCUCCCCCGGCUGUCUUCCUCCCACCUUCUCUCCCCAUUUUUCUCACUCCACACGUUUCUCCCACUUCUCUCCUACUUUUGCCUCUCGUUUCCUCCCCGUAUGGUCAGCAUUCACCUCCCACUUCCGCCUUCCCAUGUGUCUCCCCCUCUUCUCUUCCCUCCCUGGCCUUCCCCCAAUGCCCAUCUCCACGCUGCUCCACGGUAGAUGACCAAGUGAAAGGUCGCAGAGAAUACAAGGCGGAGCCUCUCGUAGGGCGACAAUGGCUGCCGUUCCUGGGACACUGACUGAGCCAAGCCCAGCUUCUUUCUCUGUCCUGGAUCGACAGAUCAGACACCAGCCCCUCCACGCCUGGCGUCCUCCCGUGAGGCCAGAGCCUUGACUCCAGAGCUGGAUGAAGAGGCUGGGCACGUGGCACACUUUUUCAAAACAUUUCCAAAGGGAACCAUUUUUGAGCCGUGGAUGUGGAUGGAUCGUUGUCAUUUUUUCUUUUGGUCAGUGUCCUAUGAUUGAGGGGACUCGAUAGAAAACUGAAAUACAUGUUGUUUGCUUU